CGUAGUCACCUGAACUUUGUUGAUUUGUUUAUGUCGUCAGUCUGGCUAGACAAAUCCAAAUACAUAUUUAUACAAAUUGUUGCAAAACAGAAAAAGGAAAACACGGCCAUGGUGCGCAUCACUGAAGCUUUGGUGCGCAAGAAAUCGGAGCAUAAUGAGCGUUUAAUUAGCACACUCGAGGAGUUGUCACUGCACCAAGAGGACAUUGAAAGCAUUGAGCAUCUGCAGAAUUGGUGUCGGGAUCUCAAAAUCCUUUUGCUGCAGUCCAAUUUGAUUGGACGCUUAGAAAAUCUACACAAACUGAAGCGUCUCGAAUAUCUCAAUGUGGCCGUGAACAACAUUGAACGCAUCGAGAAUCUCGAGGCUCUCGAAUCGCUCAACAAACUCGAUCUCACGCUCAACUUUAUAGGCGAAUUGACCAGCAUCGAAUCGCUACGUGGCAAUUACAAUCUACGCGAACUGCUCCUCAUUGGCAAUCCGUGCGUCGAUUAUCCGCAUUAUCGCGACUUUGUCGUGGGCACUUUGCCGCAAUUGCACAACCUUGACUGCCAGGAGAUUUUGCCAUCGGAACGCUUGCAGGCGCAACGUCUGCGCCAGCAGCAUCGCAUCAUCAUUGUGCAGUGUCAAGCGGAUCAGGCAAUGUCUCGCGAUGAGCAGCGCAUACGUGUUGCCGAGCAGCAAUCGCAGCUGGCGGCCCAGUGUGCCAACCUCGAGGAUGAGGAGGAGCGCAUACGCGCCUUCUGGAAUUCCAAGAGCGAGCAUUGUCCCGAGAUACGCACACAGAUUGCGCGACAGCACAGGCUGGGGCGAGAGAAGAGCGUCUCAAAGCCGAAUCCGUUGACGGAGAAGCCCAAGCGGACACCGCAUCUGUUUGCCCCAUGUGGACGACCCUAUAAUAUCAAUCAGGCCAAGUUGCCAUUCAAUUUCCAGGACGAACCGUCCCAUUACAGUCUGCUGCUCGAGGUCUACAAGCACUUGGACACCUCGUUGAUCGAUGUGGAUGUCCAGCCAAAUUAUGUGCGUGUCACGGUCAAGGGCAAAAUCUUUCAAAUUGCCUACCACGACGAGGUGAAGCCGUUGGAGUCGCAAGUACAACGCUCCCAGAUCACAGGGCAUCUGCAGCUGAUGCUGCCAAAGCUCAAGGCCAACGAGUUGCUUAGUUUCAAACAGCCUAAGCAGCCUUCAGCUGCUGCUGCCAAGAGAGCUUCUUCGGCUUCGGCUGGCAAGGAACGCAACAGCGACGUGGUGGACAUCAGCAACAUCUGUGCGCCUCCCGAUCUGCCCGAUUUGAUCUAAUGGAAUGGAAUGGAAUGGAAGAGGGUCCUACUCCAAGAAGAGUCUUCAUAUGAUGUUUAUUUAAAAAUGGUUUAUUUA